AUGGAGUGUCUUAAAAACAAGUUGUCAUCUACGAUUCAAGAUUUGCAAUCAGAGCUGAAGUCGCUCAAAAACAAGGUCACGUUUUUGGAGAACGAACGACAGAAUCUGGAAAGUCAAAGUCAGACGCAGUCUCAGUUACAAAACUCUCAGCUGAAGGCCCUGGAAAUGGUUCUGGAAAAUGUAUCGAAGGAAAAAGAAGCCAUAAGCGAAAAUUACCAACAGCAGAUGGAGGAAGAGCGCAUAGCCGCAGAGGAGCGCGAAUUCACCCUGAAAAAAGAGUAUACAACGAAACUGUUCGAACUUGAACGCCAGAAUAAAACCUUCCAGGAGAAUAUGGAGAACCGAGGAAGGGCGGAGACGGAACAGCUGCGAGAGGUGAAGAUCAACAUAAAUAACGAACCUUCGCGAAAACCGCUGAUGCAGCAACAGCAGCUGAGCUACGGCAUGACCAACGUUAUACCAGAGGUGGCUACUUGCGAGUUGCGGUGCGGUCGGUAUCGCGAACUGCUUGCAGCGAAUCAGGAAGCGCUGUGCCAACUGAGCAAAGAAAACGCCACAUUGGUAGAGGAGGUACAACUACUAAAGCAGAAAAUUGCUGAAAAUGAGGAAAACGCUAAAAAAGUGGAAAUUUUAACUGCCGAGGUAUCCGAAAAGGAGCUAUGUCUCUGCGAUGCACAGGCUACUAUAGAAGCUUUACAGCAGCGGAUUGUAGAAUUUCAGCAAAAUUGCGACGAUCAGCAGAUCCUUAUAAAAGACUUCAGAGAGAACAUGAUGAAUCUUCCAGCGGAAAUGGAGGCUGGUUUGGAGAGGACGAAGUUCGAUUCGGGCACCUCCAUGUCAAGUUCGACCGAAUCGAAGUUACUGGAAGAGGUGGAUAAACGAAUACGGGAAGAACAAGAAAAGUGGCUUGCCGAAAGGGAUGCAAAGAUCGAAACGGUCAGACAAGAGGUUAAAAGCGAAUUUAAAAUCGAGAUGGAAAACUUAAAUACCCAACUGGAAGCCAAGAGGAGCCUCAUUAAUGACCUUCGGUCGAAAAACGAUGCUGCGAUGCAACACCAGGAGGAACUGUGCGCCCAGCUAUCGGCAUUCAGCGAAGAACUGGAUCGCUCAGACACAGUCAGAAAACAGUACGAAAAUGUUCUCGGCCAGCUUCAUGAAGAAAAGGAGAAGAAAAAGAAACUCGUUGACGAAUUCAAAGAAUGCAGAUCUACUAUCAACGAGCUGAUUAACAAGCAGAAAACGGAAAUCGAGGAACUGACUCUGGUGGUGGACGCACAACGCCAGAAAUUGUCCGAAAUCGAGCCUCUGGAACAGAAGCUUAACCGUAGACACGAUCAUAAAUCUCGUAAAGAUGUGAACAUGCGUUACUAUUUAGAACUAAAAAGCGAACACGCCAACUGCGUACACCAUGAAAAGUUAUGCAAGGAACUGCAGUUCGACGCUUAUAGGGAAGAACUGCGAUCGAUGGAGGAAAAGAUUGGGCGGAUGGACGACGAGUGUCAAGCGGAAGUGCAGUCGCUGAGAACUGAAGUUCACAAAAAAGAUCAACAGCUGUGUGAAUUAAAUCACAAAGUAUAUGCGCUGACCUCAACGCUGGAUGAGGUGAACAAGGAGCUUGAUCUGAAAAUGCAGGAGAUCUUGAAUGUUCGUAACGAAACCCAUGAAUACAUCAGGAGAAGAGAACAACAACAAACCAAAAGUCAUAUGCGAGACAUCGACAACAUCAGGCAGGAUUACGAAGCCAAACUACGAAAACAAAGCAGUGCCGAUAACGACCAAAGUCAAGAAUUGAAAGUUUCAUUGGCGAAAGCCGCUGAAUCCAGCGAUGCAUCCGAAACAGUGGAGAAGUUUUUGACAGCUGAAUCGAAAUCUGUCAAAGGUACAAACUGGGAUGACGCGAUGCAUGCUAAGAGAGUCAGCUUAUCGAGUGCCUGUUCAGAACGAACACCGCACAACAUAUGUCGUAAAGCUAACAUGUCAGUGAUUUGCAAGUGGCAAAACCUGGUAAAUCAAGUUACCAGUGACCAAGCGGUUCAGACUCGCGGUCAAGGUCACGGCACAAAACCGAAGUCGACACCAUCGCAGCCGAAAGGUGCGACCCCACCAGACGCCAAAGACAAAGCUAGCCUGACACAGUCGACGAUGGAAUCGAUUAAGGAUGGUGGUCAGUUUAAGAGGUAA